AUGUGGCGGCCUGCCAAACCCCACCAUCUGCCACCAUCUGCCACCAUUAUUGCACGCAGUAUCGAGGACGGAAGAAUGGGGCUUCCAUCGCAUUCUCGCAUCGUGUUCAAGAAUAUGACACAGUAUUUUGCCCUAAAGCCAGGCGCGCGCGAGCUUCCGAUUGCUUCAAGGAGUCGUGUUCCACGCAUUGUGGAUUGUGGAUUCCCAGUUCCAUCCCCUUUUGCAUUGCCAUCUAUGGAAUCCGUAUUGGAAACAGCGGUAGUUACCACUACGUUACUCAUGGAUGCCUUCUUCGUGUCUCCCUCUCUCUCCAGCCAGCCAGCGGGAAAAGACGACUCUAGCAUGAUGAAUAAGGGGGACUGA